CACAAAUUUAUUUAACACGUUGGGUUAUCAUUUGCAACAUUUUUAAAACAUUUAUAAACCUUUGUUGACUGCGUCUUUUACACGUCUGAAACGUCCAGGUGAAAAGAAAAGUUUUUUGUUAUAAUAUUUUUUAUCUUCAUGCUCAGUAGUCCGUCUGACGUAAGGCCGUCGUCAGUUGGUGACGCUGAGUCUCUUUGUUGGCUUAGCAGCGGCGACGUUUUGUUGUUAUUUUCGCUGCAGCUGAAAAACAGGCUCGGAUAAUUUUGGCUUUCGUAUUGUUCCGCAAUCAGCAUUUCACACACUCUAGACCUCUCGGUUUGUGUGUCACGGGCUGAUAAUCACCCUAGGAAUGGACUCAGACGAGGGUUAUAACUAUGAUUACGACGACGAGGAGGAAGAAUGUAGCGAGGACAGCAACGAAGAGGAGCCCGAGGACGACACCCUGGAGCUCGGAGAGGUGGAGUUGGUCGAUCCCGUGGUGGCCGGUGGGGAGCGAGACGAGUGCAGCGAGACUGGCGGAGGGGGCCACGGCCCUGGCGAGGAAGAGGAGGAGGACUACCGCUUCGAGGUUUUGACUGCCGAGCAGAUCCUCCAGCAUAUGGUGGAGUGUAUCAGGGAGGUCAACGAGGUCAUCCAGAAUCCUGCAACAAUAACACGCAUCCUUCUCAGUCACUUCAACUGGGAUAAAGAAAAGCUCAUGGAAAGGUAUUUUGAUGGUAAUCUGGACAAGCUUUUCUCCGAGUGUCAUGUCAUUAACCCAAGCAAGAAGCCUCGGAUCCGUCCUCCAAUCAACACUAGAUCAUCGGCACAGGACAUGCCAUGCCAGAUCUGCUAUCUGAACUUCCCCAACUCAUACUUUACAGGCCUGGAGUGUGGACACAAGUUCUGCAUGCAGUGCUGGGGAGAUUACCUGACCACCAAAAUCAUAGAAGAAGGAAUGGGACAGACGAUUUCUUGUCCUGCUCAUAGUUGUGACAUUUUGGUUGAUGACAACACAGUCAUGCGCCUCAUUACAGAUUCCAGAGUGAAGUUGAAGUACCAGCAUUUAAUUACAAAUAGUUUUGUAGAGUGCAAUCGACUGUUAAAGUGGUGCCCUGCACCAGACUGCCAUCACGUCGUCAAAGUCCAGUACCCAGAUGCCAAGCCAGUGAGGUGCAAGUGUGGCCGUCAGUUCUGCUUCAACUGUGGAGAGAAUUGGCAUGACCCAGUCAAGUGCAAGUGGCUGAGAAAAUGGAUUAAGAAAUGUGAUGAUGACAGUGAAACCUCCAACUGGAUUGCAGCGAAUACCAAGGAGUGUCCAAAAUGCCAUGUGACCAUUGAGAAAGACGGUGGCUGCAAUCAUAUGGUUUGUCGGAACCAGAACUGCAAAGCAGAGUUCUGCUGGGUCUGUCUGGGUCCGUGGGAACCUCAUGGCUCAGCCUGGUACAACUGCAAUCGCUACAACGAGGAUGAUGCCAAGGCAGCCAGAGAUGCCCAAGAGCGCUCCAGGGCAGCCUUGCAGAGGUACCUGUUCUACUGCAACCGCUACAUGAACCACAUGCAGAGUCUGCGCUUUGAGCACAAGCUCUAUGCUCAGGUCAAGCAGAAGAUGGAGGAGAUGCAGCAGCACAACAUGUCCUGGAUUGAGGUGCAGUUUCUGAAGAAGGCUGUGGAUGUGCUGUGCCAGUGCCGCUCCACACUCAUGUUCACCUACGUCUUUGCCUUCUACCUCAAGAAGAACAACCAGUCCAUUAUUUUUGAGAACAACCAGGCAGACCUGGAAAAUGCCACUGAGGUGCUGUCAGGCUACCUAGAGCGGGACAUCUCCCAGGAUUCCUUGCAGGACAUCAAGCAGAAAGUACAAGAUAAGUACAGAUACUGUGAGAGCAGGCGAAGAGUGCUGCUACAGCACGUGCAUGAAGGCUAUGAGAAGGACCUGUGGGAGUACAUUGAGGAUUGAGGACACGUCCCAAUGCAACGGACUCUUGAGUAUCUUGACAAACUAGAGCGCUGAUGCAAUUUAACAGGGCAGCACGGGCCUUCUGCCGCCUCUCCUUUGGCAAACCAACCACUUUUGCAUCAUUUUUCCUGGAUUUGUUUAACAAAAUCUUCAAAGUAAAUUAUAUUUAAAUAAAAGGUAGAGUAAUAAAAAGAAAGUGUACUACAGUAUUGUUAGCAACAGAGUGGAGUCUUGAGAAAGCAGAAAAUCCAUCUUAAGCAAAUACAUCCUUCUGGCUUUUAUUGUAAUACCUCCCCUGAACUAUCUUAUUUUCCUCUGUUUUUUGCUUGUGAAUCUUAUCCGUUUUGAUUUUUGACUUUUGUUUUUCCCAUUAGUGUGCAAAUGUUUUCAACACAGCUUUAAUUGUCCUGGCCGUGUCUGCAAUAUGUGGUGAGAUCCUUGUCUGGGUGGCUGAAUGCUCAUAAGCUGAUUGCAAAGGGGCAAAGACAUUUCAGGGGGGAAAAGAAGAAAAAAAAAAACAUAAAAAAGAACAAAAUAGCAAGUCUGUAUUUUUCAAUUUGUAAAUAGUCCAUAUGCAUGGGAGUUAAAAGAGCAAGAGUGGCACGUGUUUGCAUAAUUUUGAAAUUUUUAAAUAUUUAUUCUUCACCAACAUUGAAAAAGGUGUACUUUUGCCACGCAGAUCGAGUCCGUUCUCUCCCUCCUUAGACUGUGGGAGUUGUUUGGCAAUAAAGUAUUCGUCCUAUCAUCCCCUGUCUCUUCAGAGCAGUGCACAAGUUACAGCUUAUCAGUAACUCUAAAUGGGGACUGAUAGAAAGAAUCUCUCUUAGUUGCCAAGCAAUCAGAUAAAGGACUCAGUGGAAGUGCACUAUUGGGAUAGAAAACCAAGAGCAGAGAACGUUUUCCAGGUCGAGGUAAGGUAGAACGCACCGGCCCUGUGUCCCUCUAUGCUAACCUUUUGCUGUACCCUCUUAGUUGUUUUUAGAGGUGUUUAACAUUUAAGAACAUUACUAAUUAUUUGCAAGAGCCAAACUGAGUGACAUUCACUCUUCUUUUUUUUUUUUUUUUUUUUUUCUUGUUUUCCUCUCUUUCCUGACGUGGCUUGGGGUAGCCCUCUUAAAGCUCAGCUUGCACCUUGGGAAUUGAAUGAGGGUAAUAGAAUGUACUGACAGCACAGCUUCGCAGUGCUGCUAAUUGGGCUCGAUCACUGUCAAACAGGGUCUGGCAUUUGCAUCACUCUUGCAGGGAACGAUUGGACGGCAUGAGGCCGACAGUGGCAGCGCCUCUUUGAAGAGAUCUCUUGCCUCGCAGCGAGACCGAAACAUUGCUUUAAACCAAGCUGCGCAGAUGGACUUGCGUGAUCCUUAAGCAGACGAGGAAUAUAGGGCAAACUUCUAAAGGUUAUAGGAGUGUUGUUGUUUUUUUUUUUCUUUUCUUGUUCUUUUUUUUUUUUUUUUUUUUUUUUUUUAACGCUGUUAUGCUUUUGCAUUAAAGACUGUAUUUUUCGCACACGGGUUGAGGUUUCAACAUUGAAAUGUCAGUACCCCGCCAGGUUUUUGCAUUGUUCUGUGUGGUGGUUGCUCUGGAUGUCAAGCUCUCUGCUUGUGAAUGCUCGUUCAUGUCUCUCGAGACGUGGUGGUCUUCACGGGAUUGGCUGGUGGGGGACGUGAUUAUACAGGCACUAUUGCAAGUCAGAAGAUGACACCAAAGUGUCAGCCAUCAUUAAAACACAUCCUUUGCCCCAAUUUCAGAUCUUUGGGGAAUUCUCUCCCAAAUGCUUCUUCUGUGUUAAAACUUAUUAUUUUAUCCUAGCAAAUUAUAAACUGUAUUGUUUAUUUGAAUAAAUGUCAUAAGAAAUCUCA